GGAGCCUAUACUGUUGGCUGCAAAACCGCUAUGUGAUUAUUGUAUGUUUUAAUGAACUACUAUAUACCUGUAGGCUAGCAAGUCAAUAUGUAAAACAUGUCCACUUGGACGCCAUCCACUUUUGAUUAAUUUUGAAACUGAAAUGAUCAUGCAACCUCCGCUCUCGGAUGAGGGAAAUUUCUUUUAGUCCACUCCUCCCAUUCGUGCGAUCGGACAUAAAAACCCGCAGGGCUCUUGGUGGGCGAGUGACACGAUGGACGUACACGAUGUUGACGCCGAGAAACAACGCGACGCAGUGAUACCACCCAGAAAGAGCCGGAAUUAUAGAAUCAGCAGGCUUGCAGCUGCAUGUAUCAUACAGAGCUUACUAACAACCCUGUGCCUCGCCAUCAGCUCUUACAGCCUGGGGACCGUCCAAUCUGUUGAAUGGAAAUUAAAUCGGGAAUGGAAAUUAAAUCGGGGAAAGGAUAUUGGUAUAUACCUGGAAGUAAUGGGAGAGGUGAGGCAGCAAAUGGAAAAGCUGAAGUUCAGGGUACACUGGAAGCACAAGAUGGACCUUGGAAAAGGGAACACCACGGUCUCGUUCCAGUGCAGCGGGCCCUAUGUAGUCCACGUGUCUGCCUGUUCUGUGUACAUGGAAAACCAGGAGCUCAACGGCAGCCUCAUCCUGGAGUGGCCUGGUAUUAACCAGACUAUCAUUCAACUCCGCUCCCAGGAUGACUGUGAUGGUGAAAAUUCCCAAAGGGACCAUAAGAUGAUUUCCUUCACCAAAUAUGACAAUGUUUCGCUCAGGUUCACCAGUGAAAACCUAAAACUCAGAUAUCUCCGCCUGGGUUUCCACUACUUGCUGGGGGAGCAAUGUUUUGGACACACCUGACUCGGUCAGCAACCAACAAACUAGACCAAGCUUACAAAGAACAUGAACCUUCUCCAGAUAUCUGGGAUAGUGUUUUAGCUUUCCUGAUAUAUCAUUAUUAUUAUUUUUUAUUUCUGUGUGUAUGUGUAUGUGACUGUAUGUGUGUGUAUGUGUGUGUAAGUGCACGUAUGUGUAUGUGUGCUUGUAUGUAACUGUUGUAUAAAGUAGUAACUUUUUACAAUAUUUCUUUCUUUUUGGCCACUUCCACUCCAGCUACUUUGUAAAUAGGUCCACAAUUAUACCUUUUCGGAAGAACACAUUAAAGAUGUUUUACCUGAUAAAUAACAAUCACAUAACAUUCAGCAAUCUAAAAUCACAAAAAUUAGUUUUUUUCUCUUAGCUAUUUGACUGUUUGGCUAACCGGAUACAUGCUUUUAUACAUGAGCGUGUAUAUGGUGUAGUUAAUUAGAAGCACUUAGUCUUCAGAUUCAUGACAGUACAUUUGUCAUAGAAUUAUUGAUACACAUUUUUGAUGACUUGAAUAUCUUGGACAGAAGCUUAUUUGUUGCCUUUGGCUCAGGGACUUUGUGCACUUUAUCAGCUGAGUAUAGGGAGAGGUCUGGAAUACAGUGUUAUAUGGAGAAUACAAGGGGUCGGAGCUGACAUGCAUUCACACAUGCAUAAACAAUGCGCACACACACACGCGCGCGCACACACACACAAGCGUGCGCGCAACAGCACACGCGCGCGCACACAAGGACACACACACACACACACACGUGCACACACACCAUAGUAAGGCUGGUUCUCUUCCUGAUGCAGAACUGCUGAGGGGCAGUCAUAAAUAAAUUCAGCUUUGGCUAGAUGAGAAUGGAGGGGUGGGGAAGAAGCUUACACUCCUUAAACUCACUGAGUUAGUUGUUGGGCAUAUGAUGUGAAAGGAAGUAUUUGUUCAUCCUGAGGACCAUCAUACAAGUUGUGUGGGACUCCUGAGAGCGAGAAAGGUGCCUGCCCCAUCCUCUCUGCACCUAGGCAUUGUAUUUUCCUGAAGAAGCCUCGCCUCACCUUUGCCACAUUACCUGCGACUCCAGUGGCUCACAUACCCACAAGAACCUGGGAGCUGGAGGAGUCUCGUAUAAUUUAUUAUUUAUGAUGUUAGGAAUGUGUGGACUUGCACUUAUGAACAUUCUGCACAUUGCAGCACACCAGGUACAAAUGGAGGUCUCCUCAAAAAAAAAAAAUGUUGGCAUAUCUGUACAUUUUUUUGAAGUGUAACCCUGAAUGUAUUAGUAUUUCUAUAUAAAUUCUAUGUAUACAUGCAUAUACGUACACUGUGAGUGUGCAUACAUGGAUAUCCUUUUAAUAAGAAUGCGCAUGUGGUUCUUUUUGGUUCUUUUUUUUCUGGGGA